AUUAUUUGUCUGCAAACAUCAUCUGGCCGCAAAAAGUGUCAAUUUGGUCUGUCUGUCAAUCUAGUUGGGCUCUUGGGGUUUGGACUCUUUUAAGUUAUCGAAUAAGCCCUAAACAUGGCAACAAUUACUCGUAUUUUAGCCAAGGAUGUGUCAGCCUUCUGGCCAAGAGCAUUCUUCUCGACCAGCAAUGCCGUCUUUACAUCGUCACGGGAAGCACCACUGAAGGAUCCUUCAGCAGUCAUUGCAAAACCAGAGGAAGUUGAACAGAAGAAGAAACUUUCUGGUGUGAUUACCGUGCCAACAAAGGUUGAUAUCAGUCCAAUCACUGGGGUGCCGGAAGAGCACGUGAAAACACGGCGUGUUCGCAUUUAUAUGCCAGCCAAGAAUGCAAUGCAGAGUGGCACAAACAAUCUUAACUAUUGGAAAAUCGAUUUCGAUAACAGGGAACGAUGGGAGAACCCAUUGAUGGGAUGGUGUUCCACUGGCGAUCCACUUUCAAAUAUGCAAGUUGAAUUUAAUUCCAAGGAUGAAGCUAUUGAUUUUUGCGAAAAGAACGGAUGGCGAUGGUUUGUUGAAUCUUUGCCUGCACCAAAAAAGGAGAAGCCCAAGAGCUAUGGUAUCAAUUUCUCUUUCAAUAAACGAACACGCGUAUCAACGAAGUGAGCUAAACUUCUAGUAAUGUUGGAAUGAUUAAUGAAAAUUUGCUGAUUAUAUCUUAUUUUAUGUAAAAUAAAAAAAAAGAUGGAGCUCAAAACGAA